UGUCAAAUGGAGUCCAUGUCCGUGUAUGUAUUUUUAUUCGGCGCGACAAUUGAUCAAACUUGUUUUUCUUGUGAUAAUCAACUUAUUUCGUGCAAUAAAAUACAUAUUUCAAACACUACAAUUAAGUGAAAUCGGAGUGUCGGUGUGUUGUGGCUAAUUAUGUGUUAGUUGUGAAAUAAUGAGGCGAGGUCAUCCUGGCAUCGGAGGAUGGCGAAGUGAAAAUCAAAGGCAUUUUAGGCCUAGAGGCAAUGGAACACCAAGGUUUAGAACGCCUAGGACCUAUGCUUUACUCGAAAGCCCUAGAUUCCCGCCACCCAACUCACGUUCUAGCCAAAGAAGUACGCAUCCUUACUCAUCCCAUGGAGGACAUUCAGAGGACCAUGGCAGACAAGAACAUCAUGAAAGACAUAAAUAUAGAGAUAGCCAUCACCAAAUUGAUCAGAGAAUUCCAGAAAGAGAGCACCAUCAGCGGUCAAGACAAGGUUACCAAAACCAAUAUUCCCAUCAUAGAGACAGAUCCAAAGAUAAUAGUAAUACAUACAAAAGUUCAUCUAGUUUCUAUAAAGAUGCUCAGCCUGAGGCUUGCCAUGUCAAUAGUAUGGGAGACAUAGACCAUCGACUAACCCCACUUGUGCAACCAGAUACAUUCAACCAGUCACGCAUACCACAAUGGACGAAUCCACCUCCUGAUUAUAAAAAGCGCUCUUAUGAAGAGAGGAAUCAAAAACCUUAUAGACAUGAUUUCUCAGAAAAAAAUAAGGUACCUGCUGUAGAUUACACUGAUUACACGGGCCACAGGCCACCAGCUUCAGAUCACUAUGGCAGUACUUCUGGACCUAAUAGCAGUAAUAAUAACACAUCAUUUAGCCGUUCUGUAGAUGAUACUGUAGAUAUAAUCAGGAAGAGGUUAAUGAACCGCAAUGAGCCACAGACAUCCCAAGAUGAACCUAUCCCUCAAAGAAACAGUGAGACAGAGGCCAGAGAGAGAGAGCCUGUAAAUACACAGGUUCAGCCAGAGCCCACACCUAAAAAGAGAACUCCAAGACUCAAACCUAACGUCAAAUCAAAUUGUGAUAAAAUGAAAUCACAUAUAGUUAAUCAAUUGUUUAAGAUGGAUAAAGACAAAAUGCAUAAACUCAUGGAUGAUCCAGGUUCAUCGACAAAAUUUGAAUAUGCUAUCAGCAGUUUAAUUACUGAGUCACAGAAUAGUCUGAAUCGUCACUUAAGAUCUGUAGCUGAGAAAUCUCUUUAUAGUACAAGCUCUGACUUCAUACAAAAUGACAAGAAUACAAUCUAUGAGGACACUUUCAUGAAACAAAUGCAGUGUCUAUUAGAUCCACAAGAUACUGUAUUACUUGAGGAUAUUAAGCCCAUUGUAAUGGCCGAGCUAAGCAGGGUACUUCAGAUUUCAGAUUUAGACCAAAGGUAUGACACUCCUGAAGAUCAGGUCCCUCAACAGGCAACAGAUGACCAAUCAAAUUACCUCUAUGGAGAUAACUACAAUUAUGAUGAAUACACACAAGAUAGAUGCUAUGAUCAAAGCCAAACUUCAUCAAUCAAUUAUGAUAAUUUAAAUAGAGUUGAUAUUGUAGAUGGUAGCAGUGUGAGCUAUGAUUAUGAUCAUCGUAAUCCACAAUAUGAAGAUGUAAAGCCUUUAUUUGAGAGGCGCCCAUCAAAACGACAUGAGGCCAUUGAGGACAGACGACAGAGUAUAGAAAACCAAAGGAAAAACAUAAGGAAAAGCUUAGAGAAUCCUGUUGAGGAACCUUUUAAAGGAAAAGAAGAACCAAUGCCUCUUUUCAACAGUUCAGAUCAAAUAUCUGAAGAUGAAGAUACAUUUGCUGAGCUAGACCGCCAGUAUCAUGUGGCUGUCGACCACAACUUCCUUGAGAAUGAUGAUCUCUCAGCUAAAGGAACUCCACCCAAUUUUCCUUCCAUUCAAAAUGAAAUACCACAGGUUGAUGAUGAAAUUGAACAGCAAUUGCAAACAAUUGCUCAAGCUCCAUUGGAUUUAUUCCCAGUCAGCAGCACAGAGAGUCUUAGAGAAAUUGCUAUAAGGAUUAAGCAAGAAGUAACAAGUUACGAUUCUCGAAAUGAAAGUACGACGGCGAAGACUCAACCAGCCCCAAAAACUUCUGACAGCAAUCUUCAUAAUAUGAAAAAUAUUAAAAUAAAACAAGAGCAUGUGCCUCAAACUAAAGAUACUGACAAAGAGACUGAUAAAGCAGGUAGCUCAAAUACUAUUAAAUCACCUCCAUCAAGUUCAAGAAAACGGUCCACUGACCAAAGACCUUCUCACCGCAAAGAAAAACGUAAGAAAAGUAUCAGUAGCCAACCAGAUCCAGUAAAGUCAGAUAAACCAAGCAGCUCUAGUACUAGUAAUACCUCAUCUAAGUCAACAGAAAAGUGCAAUGAAGCCCCAAAGCAUUAUUUUAGUAUAUUUACCAAUAAAGAUGAAUCAUCAAAGGAACCUAAGGAUAGCAAAAAAGCUGAUGCAGCCGAUAAAAGUUAUUCUGAUAAAUAUGUCAAGAGGAAAGAUCCUCCUAAGAAACAAAGGGAGAAAGAUGGUGAAUCAAGUAGAAAGAGACAUUCUAGUACAUCAAGUCAAACUAUUUUAAGUCCUAAAGAUAAUAUUAAUGCAAGCAAUCAAACUCCAACUAAAUCUGACUCUAUUAAAAAUAAACUUAAGACUUUUGAUAUGUUUGUGGAGCAGCCCAAAAAGACAGUUACUAUACACCAAGCACACAGAAACACAGCUACUGCUGUCACCCCUACAAAAACCCCUGAGGAUGUACUCAAAGUAGGCGCAACAACUCCUUCACGCCACAAGACGCCACAAAUGAAACAUGCUGGUACUCAAGUAAUUCGAAGGCUGAUAACAAAAGAAACGCAAACUAAUCAAAUUAAAAGUACCGGGAUCCAUGCCAAUAGAUUUACUCAAACAGAAAGAAAAAGGUUUGUUACAAAACUUGUCCAAACUGACCCUAUCAUAAUUAAACAUCUCCAAGAAGUGAAUGAAUGUACCUCUACACCAAUGUCUAAUCCAGAAGGUGUAAUAGACAGAAUGAAGGAAAUAGACUUGGAAAUUCAAAUUUUAUUACAAGAAAAAUUCAAACUAUACAGCUCUUUAGAAAACAAAGACGCGUGUUCAAGUAGCAUGCCCACUCUAGGUAUGACUGUUCUGAAUGUAACUACUCAUGAAAUUGAUGAAAAUAAGGAAGGUGACGAUAACGACACAUUGUCGGACAAUUUGAUUAAUGCUGACUCGAUCGUAGAUGAUUUCACGAAUAUACCAGUAGAAGAAUUAGAGCAAAUAGCUUUGGAAACUGUUCAAGAAGACAGUUCUGAUUCAGCGAAAGUGGGAAAACGUAAUUUACGACCAAAAAAUCAUCAACAAGAACGAAAACACUCGGAAAGUCCCACGACAAGUAUGACAAGACGAAGACAGAAAGCUAAAACUCCAAACAUAUCUCUGAUAGAACAGAUAAUUACUGAUGACAGACCUCUAGAAGAUAUUAUUUCAUUAGACGACCUAGAGGAGCCGCAAGCUAAAAACAAAAAGAAAUCUCAAAGACCGCCACCACAGCCUAAGAAAAAAAUGACAAGAAGGACUAAGCCUGUGAAAUAUGUAAAUACAACUCCAUUUGAUUUAAAGGCCUGCUCUGUGGUUCUUAUACAAACUGAUGUGACGAAGUUUAUUAAGGAAGGAUCUCAAAUUUAUCUGCACUCUGAGUCUUCUCAGAACUCCCAGUCCUCUCCGCACUCUCAGGCCUCAUACUCUUCUGAACGUUCCCUGCACUCGCAACGUUCCAAUCAGCCUCAACAGGCUCAGCAAUCUGAAGAAGUUUCCCAGUGUACAGAUCCUCCUGCAAGUCCUGACUUGGUAGAGGUUUAUAGUGUUGAAGAGACCGAAGAAGCCAGACCCUCCACAAGUCGGGUAGAGGAAAGUGUUGUAAAUGAUCUCCAAUUUGAUAUGUUAGAUGUAUCAGAAGAUAUAGUUAUAGGGGAUAAUUGUGAAGUUAAAUGUAAUGAGGAUAAAGACAUAGAAAGAGGGACCAUUUGUGAGGAUGUGAUACUGGAUAAUAGUCAGUCGUCUGCCGACGAAGCUGUGGCAGGGUGUAUGGGUCAGGUGGCGGAGUGCAUGACGUACGACUACUCCACUGACGAGCAACUGCGGCGAGACUCCAUUACCAUCACCGGGAACGCAGAUGCCGUGUUAGCUGUUGAAUGCAUAGAAAGUGACUUCAUAGCAGCGUGUUUGGACGGCAACGUGUACCACUUCAGCGGUGACGGACAGUUGCUAGCCACGUUGCGUGGGUCGAACCUGGCCGUCACCUGCAUCACUAUCGUCAAGGAGAAGGGUAGCACCACGGUGUACACAGGAUCCCUAGACUCCAGGAUACGUUAUUAUGAUUUGGCGACGGGUCUGGAAAAGGGUCCGGAGUGCAAUGUUCUCAGUCCCAUACAGACGAUGGACCGCGCGUGGGACACAGUCUUCGUCGGCACUAGGACUGGCUUUGUACUGCAGUUUGAAUGUAAGAAUAACAUGUUAAUACCAGUGAGUACAGUGAAGUUUUCGGAGCAGUCGAUCCUAGCGCUACGUGCCAUGAAGGAAGGAGCUCGCAAGGUCCUGCUAGUGGCCGCCCGAUCUGAAGAUGUGACCAUAAAGGAUGCUCAGUCCGGCCUACUACUGAGAACGCUCUCUGGGCCCAAGAUGACAGUGUACACUCUCCUGUUCGAAGAUGGAAAGGUGUACUGUGGGACUAGCAGUCAUCAGAUACAUGUUUUUGAUUAUGCUAGUGGAAGUCAUACGGGUUGCCACGAGGGCGGCAAGGGCGCGGUGUGCCUGCGGGCGACGGGCGGGCUGCUGUUCGCAGGAUGCUAUGACGGCUGCGUGUACGUGUACAGGGAGGGAGAGGUCAGACCACUCGCGCAGCUUCGAGGACCCAGCCUCAUGUUGCUAUCGCUCGCCGUUGUCGGUAGCAAGAUUAUCGCUGGCUACAAAGACAGGAGUUUGUAUAUAUGGAAGAUACCAUUAAGUAUAUUACAAGAAAUGAUUUUAUAAGUCUCUUAUUAAGUGUUGUAGAUUAAAUCUCACGUUUACCUUAAUAUAAAUGUAUUCCGUGAUCUUUGUUUGGAUUGAGCCAAUGUGUACAUAUUAUUAUAUAAAAUAAAAGGAGUUUAAUAGUAUUAAUUUCCUUUUUAUUGCACUUAUAUUAAGUUGCGUUCAAGUAUGAGAUAAUGUUGUGUUUGUUUGUUAUGUCAAUAGAUUGGUAAAUAGCAAUAGUAAGCUUUUGUCCACAAAAUGUAUGCUCCAGUAUUUUACAAGUAGUUUGUCGAUGUCAUUUUUAUCUCUAAAUGUGUAGCAGAAACGAUUGAAAUUAUUUAACAUGUCUACAAUCCAAGAUAAUGUAAUAUUACAAGUUUAGUGGUUGUCUAAUUGUUCUGAUAUUAUAUCCGCCAAAAACUAUCAGAACUACUGGUUUUAUUAAUCAACAUUUAUCCACUGAUUUACUUUGUCGUCUCAAGAUAAAUGUAUUUUGAAAUAUCUAAAUUCUAAAAGACCGAAUAUAAUUUUAAUUUUUUGUAAUUUUGAGCCAUUUUGGGGUCCAAGUGUAUGACUAAUUUAGAAAAUAGUCCCGCAGUUUGUCAAUGUUUGUAACCAGAGGGCUGGCUUCAGAGUUUCUGGCUUUCUGUUUUUAGGUAAACGUAUUGCCUACGUGCAGGAAUAUUGCCAGUCUUCUGGCAACCUUUCCUGAUGACAAUAAAGCGGAGCAACAGUAUUUGACUGAACAUAUCGUGUAUCUAUUUAAGUUGAAAGUGUUUAAUCCUUCCUUGUAUAGUCAGUUACUAUUUGGAAUGUAUAAAAAUGAACUUGAUUGAUUGAUGAAUGUGUCUGUAGCCAAUUUUUCAAAAAUAAAUGUACCAGAAA